CCUGUUUAUCCAUCGUAAGGGGUGUAGUCACUCGGCCACGGAGCAGUCUUCUUGAAUGGCUGACUAAAGGAAUGUGAGAGAAACACUGAAACUUUGUUAUGUUGAUCAUGUACACAAAAGAAGCUCAUGGACAACAAUAGGGCUUCAAGGAAAUUAUGCAACCACGGUCAAAGAUAAUAAAUAAGGAUUGAGGAUUUCACCCUUGGAGGAAGUUUCAACCUCGAUACACCUUAAGUUACUCCCUCGAUGUGACACAAACUGGUUUCAAAGGACGGACAAACCCAGCCAGGUGCAUAAGAAAAGGAACAUUAUUAGGUGUCAGUUUCAGUGCAAACGAGAAUCCUAAUAUAGGGAGAAUACGGGCCAUAGGAUUGGAUAUCCUUUACAUUUACUUUUCCUACUUAAAGAAACCUAAGAUGCAAGUAAGCAACUUCUGACAAAAGCUGUAAGAUCGGGAAGGUCGACGGAAGUGCGGAUCAUCAAAAGAAGAACUGAUGUAUUCCUCCAAAAAGGACAGUCUUCCUUCUCCCAUCCUGGAGGAGUCCUUCUUUCCGUUCUCUUCAUCAAACUUGUCUUCCAGUCACCGGAUCAUGGCUCCGGCGGAUGAUCUGCUGGCCUCGCCUCAGGAUGACCGUAGCCCGACACUUUUAGAGAAGGACUUGAUUUUGGCUGCAGAAGUGGGACAAGCUUUGCUGGAGAAAAAUGAGGAGCUGGCUGCCCAGCUGGAGCAGAUGGAGAGGGAGAUGGAGGCCACUCAGCAAGAGAAACACAUUGUGCAGCGACGUCUGGAUGUGCGGGACCUCGAGGCAAGUCAGCGGGAAGCAGAACUACAGGCUGACAUCACAGCGCUAAGCGAGCAGCUGGACCAAAAACACCUUCAGAGUCGCGACCGGCGUCGUGAGGAGAGCGAGCAGCUUACUCAGCUGUCCAAUCACAACCAAAAACUUGUGGAACAGCUAGCGGAGGCUGUGGCUUUAGAACACACGUUACGGAGUGAACUUCGUACUUUGAGAGAAGAAAUGGAGGAUACUAGUUUCAGCAAAUCCAUAAGCUCUGCUAGACUGGACAGUCUGCAAGCAGAGAACCGGGUUCUGAAAGAGCGCUGUGCUCAUAUGGACGACCGGCUGAAAUCAGCUCAAGAAGACAAUGACCGUCUGAGGUCUGAAAGGGAUGAAUUGAGAGAGAGAGUGAUGGAACUACAAACCACCCUAAAGGAUAAAGACACUGAGCUGGAACAGGAACACAGCAUAGUGUUUCAGCUGCGCACACUCAACCGCACCCUACAGCAAAAAGUUGAAGCCUUGGGAGAAGAGGCCAGUCUGGGGGAGGCUACCUGCUUCCCUUUGUCACUUCAGAGUGAGAUCCAGCAGUCUCAGGCCAAAGAAACCAUCCUUGCCCAUUCGGCCAUUCUACAAGUAAAAGAGGAGGAGAUUCAGAGGUUGCAAGAAGAGUUACAUUCCAGAGAAACUGAAUUAGAAAAGCUGAGGGUUGAGAUCAAGCCAUUUCGUAACAGUCCUGGUAAACCUGCAUACAGUGCCUUGGAGGAGGAGACUAUCUUGGCCCGGCAAGAACGUGAUGCACUGAACCAGCAGCUCCUGAACACCAUAAAGCACAAGGUGGCGCUGUCACAGGAAGUCGAGUCUUGGCAGGAGGACAUGCGGCUGGUGAUCUGCCAUCAGGUUCAACUUCAACAGGAAGAGAGGGAAAAGCAUAAGGAGGAAGAACGGACAGGCUUCCAGAGAGGGACUCGCACUUCAAGGUCUCUGCGUGUACGUGGGGAAGAUGGAAGGAAAAGCUUCUUCUCUUCACUUUUUGGGUCAGAUUAAUUGGAGGACAGUUCAAGUAGUUGUGGAGAUGGUACAAUAUAGAAAAAUGGUGUUUCCACUUUUGUAUUUUUUGUAAAUAAUUUCUGAAAUCACAAAGUGUGUAAAUAGAAAUCAAUUUAUUGUACUUCAUUUUGGUGUUAUUGCACAUUAAUGUUUACCACUAUUUAUUUUCAACAAAACUGUUCAUGUCAUACACAUAAAUAAAUGUAUAGCAUACA